AACCUAUCGGCUCUUCUCGCAAGCAAUACGUCGAGAGCUGCAUUGCUGUUCUCCCUCAACAUGUCGUUCACAACAGGCUUGCGCAGUCUUGUGGGCAUCACGCGUCGCAAGGAUCAGCAAGGAGGUGUUAGUUACCUGUAUUUGUACAGGGCGCCAAGCUUGCUCCACGAGUUGAGGGCGCAGACCACAGACGAAGGCCUUUAUCUCUAUUUUCAAGCUCUGAUUGCUGCGAUAUCACCGUCAGAGGAGAAUGCUCCGAUAACCGGUGCCCGGGACCUCAUCGACGUCGACACCGUAGUCGAGUCCUUUGACACGAGUGAGACGCGAGUAACGUGGCUUCCGUUGGAAGUGCUAAAGAAGGGCACGGCGUUUCCAGAGGGCCUAUGGAGCGAAGCCUUUCGCUUGUUUCGCGCCGGAGGCCUCGUACAAGACGACAAUGAUGAGGUCCUGUUUAGUGGCCACAAGCAGACCGGAGGUAUCUUCAGGCACCUCGACAACGCUCCUGCACAGACGACGUCCUGGUACUUGGCAAUGAUUUUCCUUGCACAGGCCCUACGCGUCGACUACGCCAGGCGGUACCAAUCCGGACGAACCCGGGACCAGGAGUACCUCUGCCUGGACUUGGUCGACCAAGCGUUCGAGCUUCGCUGGCACAACUUCGUCAGCAAUCUCAGCUUCGCCAGCAUGCUAGGCGACUCCGAGCUCGACAACAUGUUCACGCUAGUGCGCGAGAAUGUUGUGCCUGCCUGGUUCGGCAAUGCGACGGCGCUGAUGGCAAAAGAGAAGCUCAGCGUCGUGUCUUACAAGGCAUACGUGCCUUCCGAUGACGACACAUACACACGGACACUGGCAGGCCCCAACAUGACGUACCUGUUGCGAGAAGCGGAAGCUGCUGUGAACCGGCCUUUUCCAGGAAGUUACGUGGCUCUGCGAACCGUGACGCAACGAGAGACCAUGUUUGUGAGUGCGCCCGACGCGGCAGAAGCAGAGAAGGCGAGGCAUUGGGCUGAGCUGUGGCCCGUCUACAACGAUGUUCACGGCACGAUUAUUCUACCCUCGGCAUAUUUGGAAAAGCCUGUCGCCUACAUUAACUCUGCGACUCCGGAAGUCAACUACGCCACCGUUGGAGUGGUGAUGGCCAAGGCCCUUUCCGACGCCAUCGGUCCAGACUCAAGGUGGAACGUGACGUCGUCUGACACCUGGUGGGCGUCCGAGGCGAGCUUCUCCUACUCGAUGCUGGCUGGCUGCCUGCGUCAGCACUCCGACCCGAGCGUCAUGGCUAACCCGACCGACCCCCAGCCAAAGAGGACGCGUGCCUUCAAGUCGAGCCUGUUCUCCUGGAUGCGAGCGGCCAGGGCCGCGUUGGACGCCCUCCGGGAACAGUUCCGAGGUUCGAACCGCGACGCGGAUCACUGGGAGCAGGCUCAGCGCGUGUUCUUCAAGCGCUUCUGCCUCCUAUCGUGCGGCUCGGAGCGAUGGGACUCCAUGUCACCGCGGGAGCGAUGCACGUGGCCCCUGCUUAGCAUGCCCGAGUUCCGAGACGUGUUCAAGUGCAGCAACGACACGUUGGAGCGUUUCGAUAGAACAUGUGGUACCCUCUGAGUCUAUAAGAGGACAACCAUUUUGAGCUUCUUGUCCAGUAGAUUAGUGAUUACCG